AUCGGCUGUCUUUUAGCGGGAGCAGACAUGAGGAAGCAGCAAAGAGCUCUCACACUGAACAUUUUUCCGGGGGUAAGCGCGGAUCCAGAGAGUGAUUCAUCUGGUCAACAGACGAUCUUUGGCAGAACAUUCUGCUUCCUGUCUGUUGCCACGGCGACACUUUAACAACAACACUACCUAACUCCAAACCUGGAGACGGCAUUAAAUCCUGGGACAUAUUCAAUGUGUUUUCUGCGCAGAUAACCCGCAUCAACGUGUGAAAAUACAUAUUUAAGAGGAGGCGUUUUCCACCAGGGUGACAAUGAGUCAACGACAAAUCAUUCAAGUUUUCGAGCAGUAUCAGAAGUCAAGGAUGCAGUUUGUGCAAACUGUUGCUGACCUGGCAGCCAGACCACAAAACAUAGACAUCCUUCAAAAUGCAGGUGUGAUGGCCAUGCUCCGUCCCCUCAUGUUGGAUGUGGUCCCCAGCAUCCAGCAGACAGCAGCCUUGGCUCUGGGCCGCCUGGCAGACCACAGUGAUGACCUGGCCGAGGCUGUGGUGAGGGAAGACAUCCUGCCCCAGCUGGUCCACUCUCUGGCCUCGCAGAAUAGGUUUUAUAAGAAGGCAGCAGCGUUUGUGCUGCGUGCGGUUGCCAAACACUCCCCCGAGCUGUCCCAGGCUGUGGUGGCCUGCGGGGGAGUUGAUGCUCUGGUUCUCUGCCUGGAGGAGUUUGACCCCGGGGUGAAGGAGGCUGCUGCCUGGGCUCUAGGCUACAUCGCACGACACAAUGCAUUGUUAUCUCAGUCGGUGGUGGAGGCGGGUGCUGUCCCCCUGCUGGUGAUGUGUCUUUUGGAGCCUGAGAUGGCCCUCAAACGCAUCGCAGCCUCCACCCUCAGCGACAUCGCCAAGCACACACCAGAGCUGGCCCAGACUGUGGUGGACAACGGUGCAAUUGCACAUCUGGCACAGAUGAUCCUCAAUCCAGAUGCCAAACUCAAGAGGCAGGUGUUCUCAGCCCUGAGUCAGAUCAGUAAGCACUCGGUGAGCUUGGCGGAGAUGGUGAUAGAGGCUGAAAUCUUCCCUGCAGCGGUGUCGUGUCUCAAAGAUCCAGAUGAGUAUGUGAGGAAGAACGUCACCACUCUGAUGAGGGAGGUGGUGAAACACACACCAGAGCUCUCCCAGGUGAUUGUGAACUGUGGUGGCUUGGCAGCUGUGAUCGACUAUCUGGGCGAUUGCCGUGGAAAUCUACGUUUGCCGGGGAUCAUGAUGCUGGGAUAUGUGGCAGCUCACAGUGAGAACCUCGCCAUGGCUGUCAUUCUCUCCAAGGGGGUGCCCCAGCUGGCACUGUGUCUGUCCGAGGAGCAUGAACAUCACAUCCAGGCGGCCACAGUCUGGUCCAUCGGCCAGAUAGGACAUCACACCCCCGAGCAUGCCAAGGCAGUGGCCACCUCUAACCUUCUGAGCAAACUGCUGGAGCUCUACAUGGCUGCCAGCAGCUCAGAGGACCUGCAGGCCAAGAGUAAGAAGGCUCUGAAGAGCAUCCUGCAGAAGUGCACCUACCUGCCAGGUCUGGAGCCGCUCCUCUACGAUGUUCCAAGCAACAUCCUCAAACAUGUUGUUUGCCAGUUCAGCAAGGUGCUGCCUCAUGACAGUAAGGCUCGCCGUCUGUUUGUAACCAGCGGGGGGCUGAAGAAAGUGCAGGAAAUCCAGGCAGAGCCUGGCUCCGCUCUACAGGAGCACAUCAACGCCAUCAACAGCUGUUUUCCUGAAGAGAUAGUCAGGUACUACUCCCCUGGGUACUCAGAGGUCUUGCUCGAGCGGCUGGAAAAGUACCAGCCGGCCUGACAUCAGUUCACACUAUGCAUCCUGUUGAAAUGUUCAAUGCACAUGCUUUUAUAGGAAAUUAAAGCAGUUUUGAAGAGUAAUUUUCCCUCUUCUAUAUUGUGCUCAUGUUUUUUAAUCAUUUAAAUGCAUGUUGGUAGUAUAUGUAGCUUGUAUUGGGUUAUAUAAUUAACAAUAUUGUCACUAUAUGUUGUGUAAGAUACCAUCAAGAUAAAAUAAAGGACAUUUCAUCAAGCUUAAUGAGAACUAUUCUCUUAUGCCUCCUACAUAGAGGUCAAAGGUCAUGUUCAGAGGCAGAGCAGUGACCCUGGAGGUGAUGGAGAAAUGA